AUGAGUCAAGUCAAGCCAGAGUUGCCUAAACAGUUGAUUCCUUUCCUAGGUCACACUUCAAUCUCAGUUGCUACCCCAAUAUCAGUUGCCAACAGAUUCUCCAGUCUUAGUUCUAUAGUAGGACAAAUCCGCCCAAGUUAUCAGUCGACCCUGAUCUCUAGUUAUGAUCCUUUCUCAGUUGAUCCCUCAGUUGGCCCUUCAGUUGCUUUCAAAAAGACAUCCCCUUAUUUGUCCAAAAGUAACUCUCAUUUGUUUGCCAUUGAGCCCAAUUAUGAUGUUCAUUCAUAUCCAAUUGCCAUAGCCAAACACUAUUUUCCUCCAGGAUUUCACUAUAUGCCUCCAAGUCCUUACAAGUCCCUCAAGUAUUAUAGAGAUAUACUACUUGAAACUCAAUCAGUUGAAAUUAAGCCGAUAAAGGAUCGUGAUCACCCUGAGACCAUCCUUUAUCAUUCCAUGGUUACCAAGGAUACCAGAAUAUUUGCCCGACAAUUUUCUGUUAAAUGGUGGGAUAAGUUCGAAGUUGACAGAAUUGCUAAAUACGUCUACAAUGAUUUGCCCCAUGAUUCUGCUCCGCCUCCAACUUCCCCCACUGGUUCAACCAAAUCUUCCCUUUCAGUCGAGGUAAAAUCAAAGUCUGACCUACAAGAGAUUGCUCGCCAGUUGAUAAUUCAAGCUUCCUAA